UAUUAUUAUUUAUCGUUUUAACCUUUUUUUUUAUCAUUUCUCGGACAUGUAUUCUAUGGAAAAGACUGUACAAGGCAUAUCUCGUCUCACAAUAGAUUCUUUCUCAUCAUUAGAAAUCGCUUUAUUACAAGAAUAUUCAAAACUUGUACAAAAUUUAAAUAAACUUUCUGAUAUCCUACACAUACUAGCACAUAGUCCUAUGUCACAAAUCUUGGAUUCAUUAAGUAUACUUGAAAGAAAGACUGGAUUAGUUUUUACCUUGUUUAAAGCAUCUGUAUGGGCUAUUUUAGCAAAUGCUGGACAAACCGAUAUUCUUAGCGGAUAAAUAAGUGUUGAAUUGUAGUUUAAACGUAUUUAUAUGUUUAUCUAUA